AUGGCAUCUCCAGAGCAGCCAAAAGCCAGGCCGGAUUCGCCAAGAGGCAUUAGAGAGCUUUUCGACAGCGUCCGCGGAGUUGUGGUAGAGAGCCAGGGUCGCAGGUACUCGUGCCGUCCUCAAAGAGGAACAGGAGUCCAGUGUGCCCGGGCGAACAAGCAUGCAGAGGAUGUGACACAGUUGACGCGAAUGGCUGAUCGCGGCGAUCCGCCUCCAUUGCAUCUUCUCCGUCGGUGCCUACAGCGAAUCUGCGAUCUGGAGAUAAGUUCCUCGGGCGGCGAUGCCCUCCUUUGGAUGGUCUCCCCUGUAUUGGAGGCUGCGCGGCGGCAGUUGAUGCAGGACAGCCAGGAGCGGAGGAUGGUCGAGGCAGAAGCGAACACUUUUCGCCAGCGUUUGGAGAUGUGCGCUAUGGAGGUGGAGGACCAAAGGUCGAAGCAUCUGCGCGAGCAGGAGCGAAUCAGAGUUCGCGUCCGUCAACAACAAGAGACGACCAAGGCCAUGGUGAUGAAAGCCUUGACCCUCCUUGAAGAACGCCGCGAGCUGGAGGCCGCCUGCCGGCAGUUGGAGCUGCAAAUCGGCCGCAAGACGGAGGACGGGCCAUUCGGAGCCGAGAAACGACAGCUCAAGGCUGAGGUGGAUCAGCUUCAAGCGAACCUGAACGAGCUCAAUGAGAUGAAGAACUCCCUCGCGGAGCCCACGGAAGCUGCGGAGGAGCGUGUGGCGAAGCUGCGGCAUCUCAUUGAGGAGACCCAGCCGCUCCUGGCCAAGAAGGAGCAGCUCCGUCGCGAGCAAGCCCGGGUCGCGGAAGAGAACGAAGACCUGGAGAAGGAAAUCGAGGAGCUGCAGCAGCAGCGUGCCAAGAAGGAGAAGCGGCCCAGCGUGAAACCGCGCCAGUCGGUGGCCCUGCCGAAUCCGAAGCGCAAGGUGUCGCAGCGACCGGCGAGCUUGCUGCCUCCGGUGAAGCCGUCAGCUUAA